AUUGUUUUCAUUACGUGUUAUUUUUAGACUGCCUUAUUGUGGUUUGCACUGAGCCGAUAGGUGACUGACUAGUCAAUAGCGAAUAUUACUCUGUAAACUCUUAAACAAACGGCUGUCUCUAGUUACGCAUAAAAGUCAUGUAAAAAGCAAAUAAAGUCGCACGUGAUCUGUAGUUGUAGAAAAUAUGGUGUCCAUAAUAAAAAAUCAACUUUUAAAACAUCUCUCUAGAUUUACAAAGAAUUUGUCUGCCGAUAAGGUGAACUUAAGCACCUUUAAAGGGGAGGGUGAAUUGACAAAUCUCGAAUUAAACGAAAUAGUUCUUACUGAUCUGUUGGAGCUGCCGUGUUGGUUACGCUUAUCCAAGGCGCUGUGUAAUAAAGUAACAUUUAGGAUACAGUGGACGAAAUUAAAGAGUGUACCAAUUCACCUUAAUUUGGACGAGGUUAAUAUCAUAGCGGAGACAUGCGAGGAGCUCAGGCCAAUGUCGGCGCAAGCCGGCUUAUCAUCGUAUGCGGGCGUCCCCGGGAAGUACAGUUUUAUUCACAAGGUGAUAGACGGAAUUACUGUGACCGUCAAUACGGUGAACAUAACGUUUAAUAGUCCAGCGUUUACGGCGAGCGUACAAGUCUCGAGGAUUAUAUUAGAAUCAAAAAGUCCCGGAUGGGAGAGGUCUGACUUGCGUAUGACGAGACUGAAGGAACCGGAUAAGGGUCAGCUACUGAUUUUUAAAGAGCUGGAGUGGCAAACGGUUAGGAUUGAAGCGAAAUCGACCAAAGAUAAGAACUUAACUCCCCUUAGGUUACUAACAAAUCAAGCGAGAUGUAGAAUAACUAUAAAAAAAAGACUGUCAGAUUGCUUUAUAAUGGGUUCAAGACUGGUGAUAAUAUUAGAUGACUUAUUAUGGGUAUUAACCGAUUCUCAACUGAAGGCUGCUCUACAUUUUCUGGACUCCCUAGCGGGGCUUGUACAAAAAGCAACUGCCUUAACUAGAAAAGCCAAAGCCGCACGGAAAUUAGAGGAAUUACCAGAGUAUCAAGCACACCUAGCGCAGCAAGCAAGGGCGAAAGAUGGAGUAUCAGCAAUUUCCAAAAUAUUUUCACGUUACGACGUCGUGGAGACAUCCUUUCAUUUUUUAUCGCAACACAUUGUACUGCACUUGUGCGAUGACCCUGGUCUGGGACGUUCUUGCCAUCCCAAUUUGAAAGACGGCGGUGCUCUACAGAUUAGCGUGGACCGAUUUCAAGUGGAUUAUUAUCCGUACCAUUUGGCCAAGGGAGAUAGAAAGCAUUGGCCGAGGUAUCGUGAGGCGGCGAUCCCUCAUACACAUUGGCAGGAACAAUCGGUUAUUGCUUUUAAAUCGAAGUUGCUGGAUUUGAUUGAAAGGAAUAAAAUGCAACACAUUCCUCUUUCGCGUUCAAGCAAGGCAGAGACUCCUGUUAGUCCAACAAGCGAUUCCGGAAAGAAGCCUCCCCAAAGUCCGACCCAGAUUAAAAAUUACGUUUCGCAACAGCUGGCAAAGUUGAUGACGGCAUGCGCGGUGAUAAGAAUCAACGAUUUUUCAUUAUUUAAAGUGACGACGUCGGGAAAGAAACAGGCGCUCAAGGAAUUCAUCGCAGCUCAACAUAAAAGGAAAGAAAGAAUUGUCGGUGAAGGCGAUCGAGAACGUAUGUCACUUCCCGAGGAUACGAACAUUGUUCAUGCCGAAUUUAUUUACUUUUAUUAUCCGAACGACGUCCCGUUUCCUUUACCUCCUCCCAAACUGUAUAUGCAGGUGAAUCCGAUUCAAAUUCACUUCGACCUCGAUAGCUGUUUAUGGUUCAACUCGUUCGCCUUAAAUUUGCACCAGUCCUUACUAAAUUCUAAACAAGACAUAUCGGGAAAUAAUAUUGCGUACAUUGAUGUUAAAAUAGAAGCAAUUCUGCCAAAGGUUACUUUCGAGAGCGCUUUGGAUUAUCAUAAUCAAAGAGACCGUCCUAAAACGUUGAGUUUUCAAAUAACAAGAGCCACAAUAACUAACGUGCGCAGUCUUGAGCAGUCUUCGAGAGCCGAUUUGGCAAAGUGUGUCGACUUCUUUCACAUGGGCUCCUUAUUUUUCGGGACAGAGUUCCCAUCAACUGCCAAUGACUUCUAUAUCGUUACUGAAAAGUUUUUAGAUCAUAUAUCGACAAAUGACAACAUUAGAAGUGUACCAGAGGAGCUGAAUGUAUCUUCCGUAAAUACUCUGAUUGAGCAGCUUAGUAGGGAAAUGUUAUGGAUAGAAGCGAAAGAUGUUUGGUGUAUAAGUCUGGAACCAGUGUGGGGGGAUUUUUUGGGAGCACGCGCCGUGGGUAAUAGCAAAGCCGUACCGUUUUUAGAUGCAGUACCGAUAACCGUGUGGCUACAUGCGAAAAUGGAUCCUAAUUCUACCAUAGCGAGCACCGAAAAUGGACCGAAAAAUGCUGACAUUCACGCGUUGGCGCAUAUAUCUAAUCUAGUCAGUUUACAAAUUAAUCACUAUCAAUUUUUGUUUUUGUUGCGUCUUUCGGAAGAGAUCAGUGAACUAACAACAUUUUUAUCUUUGGAUUCCAGUAGGAUUCUCAAGGCUGAAAAUAGUGGUUCAAUGGUGGUAGGUGCUUUGGUUCCGCAAGUCGAGGUUACAUUUGUAAUGCCAUCACAGUGUCCAGGAAAAGAGUCGUCAGGUGGUGAUGUUGAAUCUUUCGUUCCAGAUUCAUCAAGUAUACAUGAUGAUGGUUUUGUUGGAGGCUCAACCGGAACCAUGUGGCAGUCUGCAGUAUAUAAUAUACCUCAGGGAGAACAAACCUUGAAAUCUUUCACGAACGGUGUCGAGACACCGGUUAGCGAAAUAUCUUCCAGUUACUCGAUGGAUUUUGUACAGCACUCUACGGAAAAUAAGAAUAAAAAUGUCACCCCGCCCUUUGCUAACAUUAAUUUACCCAACAAUUUGAAUGCAGGGCUGUCAUCUAUGAAGAAAGGCUUUAGCAAUUUAAUGACCUCUAUUGAUAGCGCCCUUAAGCCGACGUCCGAUGAUGCGAGCGAUACGUUAUCCAUUCGAAGCGAUGCGUCGAGCGACUCGGAGAAUUUUGUCGUCGUCAAUAUGGGUAUGGACGGAGAUCGUAAUGCAGAAUCACUGGAUGCAAUGUUUCGGGUGCCCGGUUAUGUAUACGAACGAAAUGUCGAAAUGGCGAAGGAAGUUAUCGAAGAAGAGAAUACGACAACUACAAGUGAUCACUCGCUUACCAGCAGCUGUAAAAGAAAGGAUUUGGUGUCGGUGGCUACAUUCAAAUUGAACAAGGUCGAAUUUCUUCAGCAGUCGGUCGGAUAUUCGUCCAGCAUAAAGGUGCAAGUUGGUAACAUAUCCAAUGAGGAUUGCGGAGCGAUUCCGUGGGACGAAUUUCAGACCAAGAUAAAGGCCAAAUUUAGCUCAAGAUCUCGCGCGUGGACCAGCGGCUCGUCAAGCGACAAUCCCACUGCCAAAGUGAAAUUACGAUUAGAUCACAGCCCGAAGUUUCCCAGUUCGAAGUCGUUACUAGAAAUCGAUCUGAGCAACAGUGAAAAUUUGCGGAACGUUUUCGUGGACUUCCUGAAUAUCUUUGUGACCGAUCUGAACUUGGACUUGUCAAUGAGCACUUUAACCGGCUUGGCCGAUUUGAUCGAAGAUGAAAUUAUACCUAUACCUAUUCCUAUGGAGAUAUCGGUAGAGAAUUUAGCACUGCACUUGAUCGAAGAUCGCCCACCUACGAAUAUUACAUCGCCCGGACCAGUUCCUAUGAAUGUACAUAUUUCUCAGCUAAUAAUUACAAGAGGGGAGGAUGGAAUAUUUAAUAUUGUUCCUGUAAAAAAUUUGGGACUUGUAACUUCCACUUCUACAUUAUCAGGAUCAGAUGAACGAGAGGCGGUAAACGCGGCAGUGCAACAGACCUGUAAGCAGCUACGAAACGAUAACGACGAACUGCGAAGACGAUUGCUUGCGUUCGAUCGAGUCUCGGAGGAAAAUCGUACGUUAAGACGAUCAAAGGAGGAAACAGACAUUUUACGUUCGUGUCUGACCUCGGCGCAGGAGGAGGUCGGUCGACUGUUGGAUGAAAAAAAGAAGAUGCUGCAGGACAUCAAAACUCUUCAGGAACAGCUCAGUUCGGAGAGAGGGCGUCAGUGGUCGAGUAAAAGAUAGCAAUGCUGUUUCAAUUGUACCUACUGCUGUUCCAAUAAUAAGAAGGUGUAGAGGUAUAGGUACAUUUAGGCAUGUAGAAGGUUGCUUAGAAUAUCAUAGAUACAUGUCCAAGUUCAGCAACGUUAGCGGUGGCGCGAACCUAAUUUCAUUGUUACUGAGCAUUUAUUUACCCGACGUGUAGGCUAUGCUAAAAUUGAAACGUUUAGUAGUUAUGAUUUAAAGGCCUUAAUUAGAUAUUAUGUAGCAAUAAAGAUCUAUUGCCCUACAUACAAUCAAAUAAUAUGUAAUUACAUAAUGAAUAGCAGUUGGGGAAAUAAGUUCAAAGUCGUAUCCAUUUGCUUCUGUUGGCGCUUGGUCAUAAUUAUGAUUUUAGCUAUAUGCUCAAUGAACUACUCAUAUUUGUCAUUUUCGCACAAACAGAUUACCGUCUUGCUUGGGAAUGGGACGAUAAUCGUUGUCUAUCAUCGGUAUAUAAAGAUAAAGAAUUUUUGGGUAAAUGAUGAUGUGUUUGUGUAAUUAAAGUGUUUUCUCAUCAACUUUCAUGAAUACUAUAGAACAUUCAAACCUCCAAAUGCAGUAUGGGCUUAUAAUACUGUAUACCAAAUUAGACACAGUUCCUAACCUCAAAAUAAAUCUACAAUAGUAUAUUGAAAGACAAGUGUUACAAUGCGACCUAUUGUAAUACGACUAUCUUGUGGCACGAGUGGCGACGCGAAGCGUAGCCACGAGUGUCCGC